AGUCUUUGUCCAUACGUUUUAAUUUUUUUUUAUUUUAACUUGCGCAAUUUCUACGAUUUGUAGUGCGAUAAUCCCUAUUACAGUUUAAUAGUGAAUAAUAAACUCUUGACAAGUGCAAAUCGUUGUUGUUGUACGUAAAUCAAUUGACUUUGACUGCCAUUCAUUAUCCCUAACGGGAUAAAAGCUUGGUUCUGCGCCUUUGUUCGUUAAAAAGUGUCCAAAGCCAAGUGCAUGCAUCUUUCCCUGCAAGACUCAGGUUUCCUCAGCGACGAUUGUGAUGAUACCGUUGUCGAACUAUCGAAACUGUCGAUUGUCGACUCUGACCACGAAGUCACAGUGGUAGAGAAACUACAUGAAGAUCGUUCGACUACCGCAAGGGACUACGUUCUGAGGCGCUGCAACCAAACGGAGGCGAUACUGUUUGAUGAAUGCUAUCCAGAUACAGCCCUGAAGAAUUGCCACAAGAUCGGCGAGGGUGUCUACGGGGAGGUAUUCCUUUGGCGAGCCCGCGAUGGCCGUGCGCGUGUUAUGAAGAUAGUGCCCGUCGCCGGCGACAUCAAGGUCAAUGGGGAGCACCAGAAGGACUUCCACGAGAUCAUAUCCGAGAUUGUGAUUGCUAUGGAAUUGAGUGCCCUGCGCACUCCUAUAGCAGAAUUAGAACGAGAAUUUGAUGAAGGAAAGACGGACAUUGACACUCUCGACUUGCACGCGAUACAAAAUGCUACAGACAUUUUUAAUGAGGUACUAGCAGUAAGGUGCGUAUACGGCAGCUACACGUCCCGGCUGCUCGAUCUGUGGGAACUGUACGACGAAUGCAAGGGCUCGGAAAACGACAACCCCGCCAUACUGCCGUCGGAUCAACAGUACAUUGUGUUGGAGCUCGCCAACGCGGGGCAGGAUCUAGAGAGCUAUCAGUUUAAUAGUGCUGAACAGGCGCACGCUUUGUUCUUGCAGGUGGCUUUCGGUCUGGCCGUGGGCGAAGAGGCCUUCCAGUUUGAGCAUCGCGACUUGCAUUGGGGGAACGUGUUGAUCGCCCCUACUGAACAAAAGUUCGCGACGUUCGUCCUGCGCGGGCGCUCGCACCGCGUGGCGCGCUGCGGCGUGGCCGCCACCAUCAUCGACUACUCGCUGUCGCGCCUGUCGCUCCCGCUCGCCACCGGCGGGGAGGCUGCCGCGCUCUACAACGACCUCGCGGCCGACGACGGGCUCUUCGAUGCCGUCGGCGACUACCAGUUCGAGGUCUACCGCCUCAUGAGGGAUAAGCUGAACAACGACUGGAAGAACUUCGAACCGUACACGAACAUUCUCUGGCUGCACUACACUGUAGAUAAGAUGAUAACAGCGCUCCGGUACAAGAGGACCAACACCAAGAUACACAAGCACUACAUCUCCAAACUCAAGGCCAUCAAGAACCGCAUCCUCUCCUACGGAAGCGCUGCGCAAUUCGUACUCACUGACAUCGAAUACUAAAUCGAACAAAUGUAAUAAUAAUUUAAAUUUAAUCACCCAAAAUUUAAUAUUUUCACUAGUUAUUAAACAUGGAUAUAUUUAGCACUUGCCCCACGUGUGAAUCGGACCUGCAUUGCAUAAAUUAUAAUGUACAUAGAAUUUGCUUUGGUAAUGUAAUAGACGCUAAAAGAAUUAUUUACGAGAUUGUAGAAACGUUAGAACAGCGAAAAGGUGCCUUCUUAGCUAAGGUAGUGGCUUUGUUCAAAUUAAACUCAUACAUUGUGUUAAAAAA